AUGCAAGGUCAACAACACCCUUGUAACAACGACAUCACCAACGUGGCGUACUGGUGCGAUCUAUCUUACAACUAUGACAAGGAGAAGGCGCUUGAUACAACAAAGGCCAUCAAUGCUGUUUCCCAUAUCAAGUGCCCCGACAAGAAACAAUACAAGGGGAACUCUGAUAACAGGAGUAUCAACUACUUCUUGAGUCUUGUCCGCUGUGAAGCGAAGCAAACAGCGCUGGGCCCUCGAUUAUCGUACAUCUAUCUAUCCAACUGUCUUAGCCAGUCGGUCAAGAGGAACUUACAGAUCCACUUGGAAACUACAAUGGGCCCCACUCUCUACUUGAACGACUAUAUUCUAACACUAUCACAAGCACUUGGCUACCUUCAACAUAAGUACUCUCUGUCAAAUUCACAUGCGGAAGUCAUGAGAUACUUCUCUGACAUCAACAUUUACGAUAAACGCGACCGUAUCGAAUCUGCUGUUGCUAUGUGUGCGAGUGUUGGCCUCCAUCUACAACCCAGUCAAGUCAACCUACACUACCGUGAAGGCCUCCAUCCCACUCUGAAAAAGACUGCAGACGAUAACUACGCGGCCAUCAAUGGUGUCCAACAGCUUACGCAAGCCCUACGUAGCCAUAUCCGCUGCAAUCCUAAGCUCUACAUCAGCAAUGCUAACUCAAACGAGGCCCCUCCGGUAUCAACUGCUAUCCCCACCAACACUCCUAAUCCCAAACUGCCUAGGGUUGAAGACCCCGAGACUCUCAAACUCUGUCGAAAGCAAGGGAUACGCUUGGCCUGGACAGCUCGCAGGCAGUGCCGCUAUGCUGAUAAUUGCAAGUACAAGCAUAGUGACAUCCCUCGCAUCAUCAACAAGUAUAGGUCAUCUGCUGCUGCUCAUUCUAUGGAUAUCAAGGGUGCCUAUAGAUCCAUCAAGCUCGGUUCAAAUGUCCAACCCCUCAGUCAGAUCAACUACAAGGAAAAAAACUGGACCUACACCUACAUGAGUGAUGGUAAUUCUACUAAUCCUCAAGUCCUCGAGAUCAUCAUUGCGCAUGCCAUCGGGGAACUAGAACGGCUCGGUACUUGCCCCGGGUUACUUGUGAGCUACAUGGACGACUUCUUAUGCCUUGGUGGCCAGCCUGAAGACAUUGAGAAAGUGAAGGCCCACUUUGCAAGCUACGGACAACCAGAUUGUAUUCAAAAAGCAGUGGAAAAUUUCCGCUGGAAAUGGUCCAUUCAAGAGCGACCCUUGCACAUCAACGUGAAGGAACUCACUACUGCCUACAAUGCUCCCUCUACUCUUGUCUCCUUCGAGCUCGAUACCAAUAAGAAGUUCUCGAAGAUCAUCCUCUACGGCGACAAUCGUACAGCUAAUGCUGCUCUAGCUUCUGGUAAGGUAUCUACUUCUGGUAAGCAAUCUACUCUACCUCAACGAACCAUCGAGCUUAUUCAUUACCUUAUGGGGAGACGCCAGUUUGAGAUUCACUAUGUGGCGUCUGCCGAGAGUCCUGCUGAUGCCGGCACGAGAUGUGACCUCUACAGCGAUUUGGUUGAAUAUCGUGAUUCUAUCGACGGCGUGAGUCUUGAGAUUCUGUCUGAUGAUGAUAUCUCAGAUAUGAGCACUGUUCAUGUUGCUAGAAUUAUACGUAAGCGUGGUGACGAGGACGAAGACACCAACGAGAUCGGUGACAAAAGACCACGACUUGAACCACCACUACGAGUUCCCACCAAUCCGUUACCACCUCAGGGGUGGUAA